GCUUGGAUUACGGAGGUGUUGCCCAACUUCAGAAUUGUUGAUCAAUUCGCUAGACGACCGCGGUUUUGGUUUCUCACAACAACUAGCUCAAUUUUCGCCUCCCAAACAAACAAGAAAUGCUCUCUUCUCAACUUCCAUUCUAAAACUUCGUAUCACAAGGUUUUCGACCAAGCAAGACUCGCAGUUUUAAACCCUUCAACCAGCGAGCUUUCUUUCUUGUCUUCUGACUUCUAGUAGUUCGAGGCUCCUCCGUUCUCUUUCUACUUCCUACCGACUUGCUCAUUCUUGGGGUAGAACUCCAAUUCAGUUUCCCACAACAAUGGAAUUCUCUUCGUCACCACCGACCGCCCGAGACAACGAUGUAGACGAGUUGAAUGUAGUAUCGCAAUCGCCGUACUUUACGCAACCGACACAAGUCGUCGAACGGCCCCCUUCGUCACCAAAACAAAUCAUCGAGGUGCCUGCCUCGUCCCCUUUCAGACCUCAAGCCGUCCAACAACGCGCGGGUCGAAUCGCAAACCUGAUGGCUCCUGCCGGGACCACCUUCAGGGCUCCUGCUCGGCAAGCGCUGCCAAUCCAGAAGAGCGCGCCGAAACGUCCGUUCAUUAUGAUCUCGGAUGAUGAGUUGGACGCACCGAUCUAUGCCGGCGGUGAUUCGUCAGAUGACGAAAAGGAGACAUCCAGGGCCGACAUACGUCCUUCUUCGUUUGCGCCCAAGCGACUCAGUACAUCGCAUGGCACAACAGGGGUACAAGCCCGUGUAGGCAAAAUCGAAGCAAAAAAGGCCUCCGCGAAUCCCAUUACGAGUCCUGAGAAGUCAUACACUCUCCAAAAGGAUUGGGUGUCAGUUCCAUCUUCCUCAGAUGAGAGUUUGGAGUCUCUGAGGCCGCAGCGGCCCCCCAAAGCAACUCGCCGGCGACUUGUGCAAGGGUGCCGGCCACGGGCUUCGAGCCCGUCGAGCCCGGUACUUCAACGUAGCCAAGAUUCGGCACUCAUAGACCUCGUUAGCGACGACGAGGGGAAUGAGGGUUACAAACCGCCGAAGGCUUCCUCACAGCGCGGUUCAUCCCCGGAAACCGAAGAAGAGGACUCGCUUGAUGACCGAGUCCUGAGGUACCUCAACACCUGCGAUGUUGUUCAACUCAUCGCAAUGGCCAAUGUCAAAGAAGAGACCGCAAAGGCCAUGGUAUCUCGCCAGCCAUUCGCCAAUCUGGACGCGGCUCGCAAGGUCACCCUGCAAAAGAAACGGGGCCAAAAAGCGGCCAAGGCCUCCAUUGGCGACGAGAUUGUCUCGGCAAUCGAGUCCUACGCCCACGCCUUGGAUGCUGUUGACCACAUCAUCGAGGUAUGCGAAAAGCAGGCGGAGACCAUCAAGUCGACUACCUCGCGGUGGAACGUCGACCAGACAGGCCAGCCUCGAAGCGAGUCGAUGUCUGACGAUGGGAAACCAAUGACUCCCAUGAGCAUUGCAGAUUCCGCGAAGUCAAUUGAAAUGCCUCUGGGUCAGCCGAGACUUAUGGAGGGCUGCACAAUGAAGGCCUUCCAACUAUACGGCCUGAACUGGCUAUAUCUGCUUUUUAAGAACCGGUAUGGAGCUAUUUUAGCCGACGACAUGGGCCUCGGCAAAACCUGCCAAAUCAUAUCUCUCAUGUGCGCCAUUGUUACAGAUUGGGAAAGCAAUGGACAGAAAAGUGGCGAGCGGCCCUGGCCGAACGUCAUCUUCGUGCCCCCGUCCACAUUGGCGAACUGGGCCGCGGAGUUCGAGAGGUUCGCUCCGAAGAUCAAAGUCACCCUCUACCAGGGCAGUCAAUUCGAUCGAGAUGAGAUUGCCGCGGAGAUCCUCGACGACCCCUCAAACCACCAUGUUGUCCUGACCACUUAUUCGCAGGUGUCGCGCAAGGAGGACAUCUCGAACCUUCGCCGACUCCGACCGAUAGUAGCCGUCUUCGACGAAGGUCACAAAAUGAAAAACCCGAAAACAAAGCUCUACAGGGACUUGCUGCGGGUGACCGCUACAUGGCGCCUAGUCCUCUCCGGAACCCCCAUACAGAACAACUUGAUGGAGAUGAUUUCCCUGCUCCAAUUCGUGGAACCCGACCUGUUCCAGGCCCAUUUCGAGAACUUGCAAGCGCUGUUCAACCAGAAACUCUCUCUGGCGGAUGUUUCCAAGGGAGCGCUGUUGCAUAGCGAGCGGGUUCCACGUGCGCGGACCAUUUUGGAGCCGUUCAUCCUCCAGCGGAGGAAAGAACAAGUGCUCAAGGACUUGCCGCCCAAGACAACCAGGGUCGUGCUGUGUAAGAUGGAUCCUGUGCAAGAAGCCCUCUACCGGGAGUACGAGAGGCAGUUCAAGAAGUCUAGCUCGCAAGAGUCGACCCCCCCUCGUGCCAAGGAGGGUAGAAACAACGACACGAAUAAUGUUUGGAUCCAACUGCGCAAAGCGGCGAUCCAUCCGCAGCUGUUCCGUCGGUUCUAUAAGGAUCAUGACGUCUCGAAAAUGGCGAAGAUCCUUAUGAAGAAAGUCUCACAAUCAGAGUUGAGACAACCAAAUUUGAGCCACCUCACCAACGAACUGAAAGCUUUAUCCGACUUUGAGCUGCAUCUCUGGUGCAGGGACUACAAGUGGAUCAAGGACUAUGAUCUUCCCAGCGGUUCUUGGAUGGAGUGCGCCAAAGUCAAGGCACUUCUUGGGUUGAUCCGGGAGUUUCAGGCCAACGGGGACCGCGCACUUGUCUUCACGAGGUUUGCCAAGGUGAUUGAGAUUCUGGGGGAGUGUCUCGCCUCGGAAGGAAUCGAGUACUUGUCGAUCCAAGGGAACACCGAUGUCAGUUCAAGGCAGGAACUGAUCAACAAGUUCAAUGCCGACGAGUCCAUUCCCGUGUUCCUCCUGACGACAGGCUCUGGUGGUACGGGCGUCAACCUGACGGCUGCCAACAAGGUCAUCAUCUUUGACCAGUCGGACAAUCCGCAAGACGACAUCCAAGCGGAGAACCGGGCCCAUCGACUUGGGCAGACUAAGCCGGUCGAGGUCGUCCGGCUGAUUAGCGAGGGCACCGUGGAGGAGUUGGUCCAUAAGGCGUGCGAGAAGAAGUUGGAGCUCGCUAACAAAGUGACGGGCUGGAGCACGGUCGAGAUGACAUCAAGUGAGAUGGAGUCGGCUGUGAAGAACGAGCUGCUGCGGCAGAUUGCAACAACGCCUCCGAACGACGACUGAAAGGUUCGCCUCUUGGUCGACCAUCUUUUGUCAGGCA